AUCGCUGGCCGCCGGUUUCGAUUAGUGCACGGAGCUGCGGCGGCGGAGCAGGGUGCGGAGCUGCGCGGCCCGGGGUCCCGCGGCGAGGCGGCGGGGCGUUGGCAUCUGGGGCGCAGGCGCUCAAGGACCGGCCGGCGGCCCAGAGGGUGUGGAGAGGCGAGCCGGAGCGCGGGGGCCACUGCCGCUCUGACCACGGAUCCCGGCCACCGCAGCGCCCGCAGCCGCGAGCGCGCCCAGGGCAGCGCGCGAACGAGUGCGCGCGGGCGGGGCGCGCAGGCCCUGCCCGCCCCUUCCGUCCCCACCCCCCUCCGCCCCUUCCUCUCCCCACCUUCCUCUCCCCUCCAGCGCCCCAGCGCCGGGCGCCCACCCUGUCCUCCGGCGGGAGCGCGGUCCGCGGCGGCGGCCGGAGCGGGCCGGGCCGGGCCGGGGGAUGGCGCUGCUGGACCUGGCCCUGGAGGGAAUGGCCGUCUUCGGGUUCGUCCUCUUCUUGGUGCUGUGGCUGAUGCAUUUCAUGGCCAUCAUCUACACCCGAUUACACCUCAACAAGAAGGCAACGGACAAACAGCCAUAUAGCAAGCUCCCAGGUGUGUCUCUUCUGAAACCUUUGAAAGGAGUAGAUCCUAACCUAAUCAACAACUUGGAGACAUUCUUCGAAUUGGAUUAUCCCAAAUAUGAAGUACUCCUUUGUGUACAAGAUCACGAUGAUCCAGCCAUUGAUGUAUGUAAGAAGCUUCUUGGAAAAUACCCCAAUGUUGAUGCUAGAUUGUUUAUUGGUGGCAAAAAGGUUGGCAUUAACCCUAAAAUUAAUAAUUUAAUGCCAGGAUAUGAAGUUGCAAAGUAUGAUCUGAUAUGGAUCUGUGAUAGUGGAAUAAGAGUAAUUCCAGACACGCUUACUGACAUGGUUAACCAAAUGACAGAGAAAGUGGGCCUGGUUCAUGGGCUGCCCUAUGUAGCAGACAGACAGGGCUUUGCUGCUACAUUAGAACAGGUAUAUUUUGGAACUUCUCAUCCAAGGUCCUAUAUCUCUGCCAACGUAACUGGCUUCAAAUGUGUGACAGGAAUGUCUUGUUUAAUGAGAAAGGAUGUGUUAGAUCAAGCAGGAGGGCUUAUAGCUUUUGCUCAAUACAUUGCUGAGGAUUACUUUAUGGCCAAAGCCAUAGCUGACCGAGGUUGGAGGUUUGCGAUGUCCACUCAGGUUGCAAUGCAAAACUCUGGCUCUUAUUCAAUUUCCCAAUUUCAAUCCAGAAUGAUCAGGUGGACCAAAUUGCGAAUUAACAUGCUUCCCGCUACAAUAAUUUGUGAGCCGAUUUCAGAGUGCUUUGUUGCCAGUUUAAUUAUUGGAUGGGCAGCCCACCAUGUAUUCAGAUGGGAUAUUAUGGUAUUUUUCAUGUGUCAUUGCCUGGCAUGGUUUAUAUUUGACUACAUUCAACUCAGGGGUGUCCAGGGUGGCACACUGUGUUUUUCAAAACUUGAUUAUGCAGUAGCCUGGUUCAUCCGUGAAUCCAUGACAAUAUACAUUUUUUUGUCGGCAUUAUGGGACCCUACUAUAAGCUGGAGAACUGGUCGCUACAGAUUGCGCUGUGGGGGCACAGCGGAGGAAAUUCUAGAUGUAUAGCUACAGCUUUGUGACUGUACAUAAAGGAAAAAAGAGAAGUAUUAUAAAUUAUGUUUAUAUAAAUGCUUUUAAAGAUCUACCUUCAGUAGUUUUAUCACAUGUAUGUUUGAUAUCUGUUCUUUAAUUUAUUUUGCAUGGCACUUGCAUCUGUGGAAAAAAAAAAAAAAACCCACA